GCCGGGAGCUGUAGUGCAGCGAGUGCCGGUCUCGUGGCCGGCGCAAAAAGUCAACUGCGGUAUACGCUGAGACAGAUGCAUUUAUUACGCUGCGUGAUUUUGUAUCGAGAGCACAGGCACAGCGGCAGGAAGGGGUGCCCUCCCAGCACCCUGCUGUGUCUUGGCCCAUGGAACAGGCUGCCCAGGGCAGUGGGCACGGUCCCAAGCUGCUGGAGUUCAAAGCUUUCAGACAUCAGUUAGCCCUUACCCACCUCACUUCAACCCUGCUGAGCAAAACCAAGAGAGCAAGUGUUUGGUACAAACACAGGGACUCUAUGAUUAAGCACAGGGCUCUGAAAGCUCCCCCCGGGCAGCACAGGCACUGCGAGAGGUGCUUCAGUCGGCACUGCCGCGCACCCAUUGAGACCUCUGUCUCCUGCAUGGUGAUCAGCUGCCACCUUCACUGUGGUGCCACCUUCCACAUGUGCAAGCAAGAGGAGCACCAACUGCUCUGCCCCUUGGAGCACGUCCCCUGCCUCAACGCACACUAUGGAUGUCCUUUCUCCAUGGCCCGCUUUAAGCUGGCAAAGCACCUUCAGAUAUGCCCAGCCAGCGUUGUCUGCUGCUCAAUGGAGUGGAAUCGCUGGCCAAAUGUGGAUUCGGACACAACCCUCCACAAGAAUAUUAUGAAGGAGAGCUUGAGUGAAGAGUGUCUGGACACAGCAUUGGCACUCAGAGACCAGAAGAUACUUUUCAGGAAUUUGAAAGUAGCUGACUUGUUUCCAGAGUGGAGGAAAAAGGAGGAGGUGGGAAAGCUAAUGGAAGAAGCCAUGGAUGGGAUAGAAGGUGCUGUGGGAGGAUUAGCCUGUGGUUCCCAGGAAGGCAGUGACCAGUUCUCUGAGCUCAGCCAGAGUGAGCGUGAAAAUUUGGCAAAGGACAAGGAAGGAAUGGACCUAGGGAGCUACAAAACCUGGGAGAACAUUUUCAGCAAAGAGCUCUUGGCUUGCCAGGUAACAGGCUCAGCAACCAGCGCAGGAAAAAAGAAGGAAGAGGCUUCCAAGCAAAAAGCAUCCAGCUCUUGUACUGCCGUCUCUGCAGAGAAGGCAAAGGAAGUACCUUGUAACACAGAAGAGGCAAAAGACCAAAAGCCCGAACAAACAGCAAAUAAAGAAAUGACAGGGCUGGCUCCUUGGCAAGAAGGGGUCCUGGAGAGGCUGAAGAAAGAAGUUGGUGUAGGUGAUUACAACAUGUAUCUUGUGCAUCAUGGGGGAAUGCUCAUUCGCUUUGGCCAAAUGGCUGCUUGCACACCCAAAGAAAAAGACUUUGUGUAUGGGAACUUGGAAGCUCAAGAAGUAAAGACUGUCUAUACCUUCAAAGUGCCAGUUAGUUACUGUGGCAAAAGAGCACGACUGGGAGAUGUAAUGGCACACAAGAUACCUACUUCAGAUAAGUCAGUGGAUACCUCAGAAUUGGGAAUAAACCCAGAAGAACUACCUAAGGCAGAUGUAGUGACAGCCACACUGCUGUGUGCACUGGAAAAAGAACUGAAAGGGCAUGAGAUCUCUGAAGCAAGAGGUAUCGAUGGACUCUUUGUAGACUUCGGAACACAGACAUAUAACUUUCCUUUAGAGCCUUUUUCCUGUAAUGCUGUUCUAGCAGAUAUUGUAGAUGAAAGCAGCCAACCAGAACUCCACGUGGAGCUGUACACCGAAAGUGUAACCAGAAGGCAUAAUAAAAGUAGUUCAGCUUUCACAUUCACUUGCAAUCAUUUCUUCAGGAGGGAUGAAUAUGCAUCCCAUUUCAAGAAUGUGCAUGCUGACAUACAGUCAUGUCUGGAUGGAUGGUUUCAGCUUCGCUGUCCACUGGCCUACCUGGGAUGUACUUUUGUUCAAAAUCACUUCCGCCCUGACGGACAUAAGGCCAAGGUCAUAUACAGCAAGCUUCUCAAUACAUUCGCUAUUAAACCAGAGGUUGACACCACCCUUGCUGAGUCAGAAAAGUGCAAUUUCAAAGUGGAUGAUCGAGGGAGAACCAAGGACUUGCUGAGCAGCCUCCCAUUGGAAGUGCUCAAGUACAUUGCAGGGUUCCUGGACAGCUUUAGUUUAUCUCAGCUAUCACAAGUGUCAGUGCUGAUGAGAGACAUCUGUGCCACUCUUCUUCAGGAGAGGGGUAUGGUCCUGCUUGUUUGGGAGAAAAAAAGAUAUUCCCAUGGUGGUACUUCAUGGAAAGCUCGCAGAAAGAAGUGGCAGUUCAGCAGCCUCUUCUCCAGAGUGGACCGGUGGCAGCUCAGCGAUAUGGUCUGCAUGUCAGAGCACCUGAAGGAAUGCCCUUUCUACAAAGUGGAGCGCAAGACAGACCCCGUGCUGCUGACCGGCAUGUGUGAGACUCCACAGCAGGUUCAAAAGACUUUGGUUUCCACCUUCAAAUGCAGAGUGUGAAUAGCUGGCUUCCCCUCCACCAUACUCCCUUCACAGUCUUUAAGAAGAGUUGGGAAUUUGGGUUUGUUUGAAGAUUGUCGCUUCCAACUGUCCUUUGGAAGACAAAACUGGCUUCUUCCCAGAUUUUGGACAUUCUUUUUUUUUUUUUUUUUUUUUUUCUCUUUCUUUUUUUCUUGCAUUAUUUUAAUUGUUGAAUCUUCAUCCAGAGUGUUCUGGGAAACUGAUGGCAUGUGCUUUCUGUUUAUUUCCCUGCUUAAUAGAGCACCCUGCAGAAAGCAAUAAGGAUAUAGUUGGAACAUAGCAUCUUUGACUAUAGGCUGAUGCUCCUAGCUCUAUGGCCCCAAAAGAAGCAAAAUUGGUCGAUGCACAUAGCUUGACUAGAACUGAAAUACCUCACUUGUGGCCAGAAAGCUGAGCUCAGGGAGAACAGAUGGAUGCCCUCAAAUGUAGCAGAUCUAGGGAUUGCUAAUCUUUUCAGGCAAAAGAAAAGGCAUCCCCAAAUUUAAAUGAUCAAAUAAAGACUCCAGUGAAGACUCAGGACAGCACCACACAAACACAAACCAUCCUUUAGGGCCCUGAUUUGGGCUUAUUUAGGACAACAUUUAAGUGUAAGCUUAAAGCUGAGGUAAUGGGAUCAUCAAAACUAAACCAAUUUACACUAUCUUGGAAAUAACCAGGUAACAAUUUCAGGGGCUCAGUUGAGUUUUUCUGGUUUUUUGAUUAAUUUUUUUCUCUUUCAUUUCCAAACCAAUAAAGCCAUCAAAAAUAUUUGAAGAUGCUUUUAGAAUGCCUUACCUACUCAGUUUUGCAACUGUACACUGCAAAUUGUAAUUGUAAGCAAUUGUAAACAAUUUGUCAAAUAAAGAUUUUUUUUUUUUUUUCUGUAAAAGACCUUUAAGAAACCAUUCAGCACUGGUGUGGAUAAUGUUUGAUUCAGUUAAGUGGGCUGAAGUAUAUUUUUUCUUUUAUUUUGUAGAGUAGAAAAGUGAUUAGGAUUUGGUCUAUUUUUAAAUAAAUGCACUGGUUUAAGAACCAAA